AUGCGAAGCGGCGACGUGGUUUGGGAGGAGAACAGGACAAUUGACGACUCGGGCACACUGGGGAGGGUGGAGAUGUGCGUCUCUCAGUGUCCUGAGCUGGGAGGUGAGAAGGUGGAGGAGGAGUUCGAAGGCCGCAAGACGGGCGAGGGGAAGAGAGGCGCGGAUAAUGUUUGCGACGCAAUGAACCAAUCAACGCACCAGGAGAUCGGGGCAGGCACGAGGCUCGCACUGCACUUGCUUCUCGCAUCACGCGCAGGAGAUGACGCCCACCCUCCAAAUCACCACUUUGUCAUUGGCUGA